AUGGCGUCAUCGACGUUUAUUGUUCAAAAUAGAUCAUUUACGUACAUAAUUUUCAAAAACAAUAACGAGUUUUUGAAGGUUAAUGGAAUCCGGCUUUUCCAAUUUCAUAUCGAAAAAUGCAAGGAACCCUUUGUGAACAUUCCAGAGGAAACAAUCCGGGAAGCAUUGAAUGUCGUUCUUGAUGUAAAUAACCACCCACUACUAAUCCAUUGCAGACGAGGAAAGCACCGUACCGGUUGUCUUGUGGGAUGCUUAAGAAAAAUGCAGAGAUGGUACCUCUCUUCCAUUUUUGACGAAUACCAGCGGUUCGCCGGUGCCAAAGCAAGAGUGUCUGACCAAAGGUUCAUUGAGAGGUUCGAUGUUUCAUCUUCAAAGAGAUAG